UCAACCGAGCUCCACCGCCAUCGCCCCGCAGCCCAGAGAGCCCUGCCGCAACGCGACCAGCGACCACCGAGCCAAAGCAGGCGGCAUGAGGCUUGAGUCAGUACAUUUCUCCAUGCUGGUCAUCGGGGUCUCCUUCGCCUGCUACUCCCCGAGUUUGAAUUCCCUGCAGGACCGGGUUUACAAAUCCGCCGUUGUGAUCGAGGGCAAGGUGCAAUCCGCGCCUCAGAACAUCUCAGCGGAGCCGUACAGUGUGAAUGUGAAAGUCCUGGACGUGUGGCCACGGAACAGCGGGGGUCUGGAACGGGAGCAGCUCGUCACUGUCGGGGAAUUUGGCUCGGAGACUCCGUGCGCCAAAGUGAUAAAGAACCACAAGUACAUUUUUUUCAUGGACCCCACCGACGAGCCCUUGGUUUUCAAGGCAUCGUUCGCUCCCCUUGAUGCAAGUGGGAAGAAUCUAAAAAAAGAUGUUGGGAGGAUCUUGUGUGAAGACUGCGGUGCACCAACACUAAAACCUAUGAGGAACCCAGUGUUGGUGGAGGAGGGAAGAAGACUAACGAUGAAGUGCGAGGCCUCAGGCUCCCCUCCCCUUUCCUACAAGUGGUACAAGGAUGGCACUGUUCUGAAAAAGAGCAAAGAAGUCAAGAUCAAAGGAAGCAAGAAAAACUCCAAGAUCCAGAUUGCCAGCGCGAGGUUGGAGGACUCUGGGAAUUACAUGUGUGUGGUGGAGAACGAGGGAGGAAGCAACAACAGCACAAGCACCGUUCACGUCCAAAGCAUAACCACGACGUUGCCUCCAGGCUCGGGACACGCGAGGAGGUGUAACGACACAGAGAAAGGGUACUGCGUGAACGACGGCGAGUGUUACUUCAUCCACGGCAUCAACCAGCUCUCCUGCAAGUGUCCAAAUGACUUUACUGGCGAUCGCUGUCAAACCUACGUUAUGGCCAGUUUCUACCAGUCUCUCGGGAUUGAAUUUAUGGAGGCGGAGGAGCUCUAUCAGAAGAGAGUGCUGACAAUCACAGGCAUCUGCGUGGCUCUGCUGGUGGUGGGCAUCGUAUGCGUGGUGGCCUACUGCAAAACCAAGAAACAGAGGAAGAAGAUGCACGGCCACCUGAGACAGAACAUGUGCAUGGAUCACCCCAACCGCAGCCUGGCCAACGGGCCAAACCACCCGGGCCCUGGACCCGAGGAGAUCCCCAUGUACAUUUCGAAGAAUGUCCCCGCCACGGAGAGGGUGAUCCGGCAUGGGGAAGAGGCAGCGUUCUCCGGCGGCAGCCGCCAGUCUUCCAGAUCCCACAACUCUUCCACCCGAGCACACUCCUCCACCCACAGACACGAGGAGAGGACGUGGAGUCUGGAGCGGACGGACAGCGUGCUGUCCGACUGUCCCUCGGGCAUGCUCUCGUCCUCCGUGGGGACCAGUAAGUGCAGCAGCCCGGCGUGUAUGGAGGAGAGAGCCCGCCGGGCCGGUCGCUGUGGCUGCCCGCCUCCCCACCGGCCGCCGUUGCAGUACGGCGACUCCUUCGACUCGAUCGGAGACUCUCCGCACAGUGACAGGUACGUGUCGGCCCUGACCACGCCUGCCCGCCUGUCCCCGGUGGACUUCCAUUACUCACUGCCCCCCCAGGUGCCUACCUUCCAGAUCACGUCUCCCAACGCCAGCCAUGCCGUCUCGCUGCCGCCGGCGGCACGCCUGCCGUACUCGCGCGAGGACGAGCCGCCCCUGCUGCUGCGUCGCUACCAGGUGCCCCUGCACGAGGCCCAACGCCACGAGCCCUACCGCCAGCAGCAGCCCGGCGCCCCGCGACCCGGACGGCCCCCCGCUCCCGCCUCCAGCCUGCCCUCCAGCCCACACCGCCCGGCCCAGGAUGACGAGUAUGAGAGCACGCAGGAGUACCCCCCCGCCCUGGCACAACCAAAGAGGAGCGGCCGCCGCUGGCGCCGGGCUCGGCUGGACGGGCACGUGGCCCCGCGCGGCUACAGGCCGCCCCGGGACUACGGCUCGCGCAGCUGCCUCUCGGACAGCGACUCCCAGGAGGAGGACGAGGAGGAUGGCGAGAGCACGCCCUUCCUCAGCAUGCAGAACAUGAGCACCCCCGAGCCGGUCACCGUCUACAGGGCCGCCGGGCCGGCCGACACGCGGACUUCCCAAGGAGCGGGUGGGCGGCACACGGCACGCUCCGCUGCCCAGAGCAGACAGACGCUGGCGCGCUCCAAACAUGACACCGCUGGCCACUAGACAGACAGCUGCUCACCUGUCCCCCAAAAAACAACCCUGUAUACACCUGCAACUAUAAGAAAUAUUUUUAUUUUAUAUAACUAACAGAUAUUCUAAACAAAUGAAAUAUUUAUUUUCAUUUUAGCAAAAAGUUGUCUACUAGUUAACAGCAAAGACUUUUUUUAUAGGGAAAACUCUAUUUAUAUUUACAUUUUGAUUUACAGCAUAAAAAAGACGUGCCGAUUUUUUCACAACUUAAAGAAAUAGAGUAAUAUUGUGGUGCCUUUUGCCGUUGCCAGAGGGCCAGUGGAGUUUUUUGUAGCCUUUCUUAUACAGAUGCUUCAUUUUUAUACACAUUUACUCUUUUGUUUUCUCUUUUGGGGCUUGUGUUCCCUUGCAUUUCUCCAGGUUGUGUUCUCUUGGGAGCUGACCCCCU